AUGUCUACUUACCUGAUCACCGGAGUAUCGCGUGGCCUGGGCUUCGAAUUCCUUCGCCAGACAUCAAAUGACCCGGCCAACACCGUCGUCGGUAUCGUUCGUAACAAGGUUGCCACCGACGACAAGGUGGCGGCUGAGCUGCCGAACCGCAAGAACAUCCACGUGGUCCAAGGCGACAUGACGGACUACGCCUCGCUAAAGGUAGGCCAGAACAACAGCGCACAUCCCAUCGGUAGUGUUCCAGCUGACACUCAGGCGCAGAAAGCCGUCGACGAAACCGCCACCAUCACCGGCGGCGCCCUCGACUACGUCAUCGCCAACGCGGCCAUUAUAGGCAGCGGGUCCAGCUUCGAUCCCAUCAGCGUCAUGGCCCAGCAGCCAGAAAGGUUCGAGCAGGGAUUGCUGGACACGACGCGCGCCAACGUUAUCGGCAACGUCCACCUCUUCACGCUGGCCCUGCCGCUGGUGCGCCGCGGCCGCGCCAAGAAGGUCAUUGCCAUCUCGUCGGGCAUGGCCGACAUCGAGCUCAUCUCCAAGUUCGAGGUCGCAGACUCGGCGAUAUACUCGGUCUCCAAGGCGGCGCUGAACGCCGUGGUGGCCAAGUUCAGCGCCGAGCACGCCAAGAAUGGUGUUCUUUUCAUGAGCAUCUCGCCCGGAUUAGUAGAAACUGGACAAAACACCGAAUUCACCCCAGAGCAGAUGCAGGCGCUGGGCGCGAUGCUGCACAAGUUCAAGGACUAUGCGCCCCACUUCAACGGCCCAACCACCCCUGAGCUUGCCGUCGGGCAGGUCCUGUCUGUCAUCGACAAGGCGAGCGUCGAAGCCGGGGACGGCGGGUCGUUCGUGUCUCAGUUCGGGAACAAGCAAUGGUUGUGA